GUGUGUGUGUGCGAGGGUGUGUGUGUGUUUGUGUGUGUGUGUGCAUAUGUGGGGGGUGUGAGUGUGUGUGUGCGAGGAAGCGGGGGUGCGUGCGCGUGUGAGUGCGUGUGUGAGUGUGUCUGCGUGUGUGUCUGUGUGUGUGUGUGUGAGUGAGUGAAUUCCAGAUUUUCUGUCUUUCCAAAACCCGCUCCUGUCCUCUCGCAUAUCACUCACAGACGGGAAUCUGACAGCAGCCACAAACCUACAGUGAGUGAUCGCUCUCCCCCCCGGCACGAAUCCGCCAUAGAGAUCGGCGAGGAGGAGGAGGAGGAAGAGAAGAAGGAGGAGGUGGAGGAGGAGGUGGAGGAGGAGGAGGAGGAGGAGGAGGGAAAGAGGAGAAGGAAGAAGAAGAAAAAGAAGAAGAAACCCACUACCUUCCCAGGAUUGCCUUUUUUUUUCCUUAUCUUUACGCGCGAGUGUGCGUGUGGCGCGUGUGCGCCCCUCGUCCCUUCCAUCCGAACCCGGUCUUGGAUGUUUAAUAAAGAAAUCAAGUGUCUCAACAGUCACCAAAAAAAAAACGCAAAAACAAAAAAAAAAAUCCAAAAGCAAAUACAAAAAAGAGAGAGGAAAAAAAAAUCCAAAACAAACAAACAAACAAGGCAGAACCAACCUCUACUUCAAAGCAGCCGGCGCAAGCCACCCGUGUCUGCCACCCAGAGAGGGGGGUCUCUGGCCCGUGGUGGAGGAGUUGCAGGGGGGAUCGUCAGGGGGACAGAGGCCGAGUGACGUCCUAGGAGCCACCGGGCAGAGGCGGAGGAGACCCAGAGAGGCCAGAGAGACAGCGGGCCCUGGCGCGCGACUCGGGGCUGGGGCGCCAGAAGUGGGACUGGAGCGAAGUAGAGGAUGCCGAGGAGAAAACAGCAGGCACCCAAGCGGGCGGCAGGCUACGCCCAGGAGGAACAGCUGAAAGAAGAGGAGGAAAUAAAAGAAGAAGAGGAGGAGGAGGACAGCGGUUCAGUAGCUCAACUGCAGGGUGGCAAUGACACAGGGACGGACGAGGAGCUAGAAACAGGCCCAGAGCAAAAAGGCUGCUUCAGUUACCAGAACUCUCCGGGAAGUCAUUUGUCCAAUCAGGAUGCCGAGAAUGAGUCUCUGCUGAGCGAUGCCAGUGAUCAGGUGUCGGACAUCAAGAGUGUCUGCGGCCGAGAUGCCUCGGACAAGAAAGCAAACACUCACGUCAAGCUUCCAAACGAAGCACACAACUGCAUGGAUAAAAUGACUGCUGUCUACGCCAACAUCCUGUCGGAUUCCUACUGGUCAGGCCUGGGCCUGGGCUUCAAGCUGUCCAGUAGUGAGAGGCGGAACUGUGACACCCGAAACGGCAGCAACAAGAGUGAUUUUGACUGGCACCAAGACGCUCUGUCCAAAAGCCUGCAGCAGAACUUGCCUUCUAGGUCCGUCUCGAAACCCAGCCUGUUCAGCUCGGUGCAGUUGUACCGGCAGAGCAGCAAGAUGUGCGGGACUGUGUUCACAGGGGCCAGCAGAUUCCGGUGCCGACAGUGCAGCGCGGCCUAUGACACCCUAGUCGAGUUGACUGUGCACAUGAAUGAAACGGGCCACUAUCAAGAUGACAACCGCAAAAAGGACAAGCUCAGACCCACAAGCUAUUCAAAGCCCCGGAAAAGGGCUUUCCAGGAUAUGGACAAGGAGGAUGCUCAAAAGGUUCUGAAAUGUAUGUUUUGUGGCGACUCCUUCGAUUCCCUCCAAGAUUUGAGCGUCCACAUGAUUAAAACAAAACAUUACCAAAAAGUGCCUUUGAAGGAGCCAGUCCCAACCAUUUCCUCGAAAAUGGUCACCCCGGCGAAAAAACGCGUUUUUGAUGUCAAUCGGCCGUGUUCCCCCGAUUCAACCACAGGAUCUUUUGCAGAUUCUUUUUCUCAGAAGAACGCCAACUUGCAGUUGUCCUCCAACAACCGCUAUGGCUACCAAAAUGGAGCCAGCUACACCUGGCAGUUUGAGGCCUGCAAGUCCCAGAUCUUAAAGUGCAUGGAGUGUGGGAGCUCCCAUGACACCUUGCAGCAGCUCACCACCCACAUGAUGGUCACAGGUCACUUUCUCAAGGUCACCAGCUCUGCCUCCAAGAAAGGGAAGCAGCUGGUAUUAGACCCGCUAGCAGUGGAGAAAAUGCAGUCGUUGUCCGAGGCCCCAAACAGUGAUUCUCUGGCUCCCAAGCCAUCCAGUAACUCAGUAUCAGAUUGUACAGCCUCUACAACUGAGCUAAAGAAAGAGAGUAAAAAAGAAAGGCCAGAGGAAACCAGCAAGGAUGAGAAAGUCGUGAAAAGUGAGGACUAUGAUGAUUCUCUACAAAAACCUUUAGACCCUACAAUCAAAUAUCAAUACCUAAGGGAGGAGGACUUGGAAGAUGGCUCAAAGGGUGGAGGUGACAUUUUGAAAUCUUUGGAAAAUACUGUCACCACAGCCAUCAACAAAGCCCAAAACGGGGCCCCCAGCUGGAGUGCCUACCCCAGCAUCCACGCAGCCUACCAGCUGUCUGAGGGCGCCAAGCCGCCUUUGCCUAUGGGAUCCCAGGUACUGCAGAUCCGGCCUAAUCUCACCAACAAGCUGAGGCCCAUUGCACCAAAGUGGAAAAUGAUGCCACUCGUUUCUGUGCCCACACACCUGGCCCCUUACACUCAAAUCAAGAAGGAGUCAGAAGACAAAGAUGAAGCCGUGAAGGAGUGUGGGAAAGAAAGUCCCCAUGAAGAGGCCUCAUCUUUCAGCCACAGUGAGGGCGAUUCUUUCCACAAAAGCGAAACGCCUCCAGAAGCCAAAAAGACUGAGCUGGGUUCCCUGAAGGAGGACAAGCUGAUGAAAGAGGGCAGCGAGAAAGAGAAACCCCAGCCCUUGGAGCCUACGUCUGCUCUGAGCAACGGGUGCGCCCUCCCCAACCACGCCCCGGCCCUGCCAUGCAUCAACCCACUCAGCGCCCUGCAGUCCGUCCUGAACAAUCACCUGGGCAAAGCCACGGAGCCCUUGCGCUCACCUUCCUGCUCCAGCCCAAGUUCAAGCACAAUUUCCAUGUUCCACAAGUCCAAUCUCAGUGUCAUGGACAAGCCGGUCUUGAGUCCCACCUCCACAAGGCCAGCCAGCGUGUCCAGGCGCUACCUGUUUGAGAACAGCGAUCAGCCCAUUGACCUGACCAAGUCCAAAAGCAAGAAAGCUGAGUCCUCGCAAGCACAAUCCUGUAUGUCCCCACCUCAGAAGCACGCUCUGUCUGACAUCGCUGACAUGGUGAAAGUCCUCCCCAAAGCCACCACCCCAAAGCCAGCCUCCUCUUCCAGGAUCCCUCCCAUGAAGCUGGAAAUGGAUGUCAGACGCUUUGAGGAUGUCUCCAGUGAAGUCUCAACUUUGCAUAAAAGAAAAGGCCGGCAGUCCAACUGGAAUCCUCAGCAUCUUCUGAUUCUACAAGCCCAGUUUGCCUCAAGCCUCUUCCAGACAUCAGAGGGCAAAUACCUGCUGUCUGAUCUGGGCCCACAAGAGCGUAUGCAAAUCUCGAAGUUUACGGGACUCUCAAUGACCACUAUCAGUCACUGGCUGGCCAACGUCAAGUACCAGCUUAGGAAAACGGGCGGGACAAAAUUUCUAAAAAACAUGGACAAAGGCCACCCCAUCUUUUAUUGCAGUGACUGUGCUUCCCAGUUCAGAACCCCUUCUACCUACAUCAGUCACUUAGAAUCUCACCUGGGUUUCCAAAUGAAGGACAUGACUCGCUUGUCAGUGGACCAGCAAAGCAAGGUGGAGCAAGAGAUCUCCCGGGUAUCGUCGGCUCAGAGGUCUCCGGAAACAAUAGCUGUGGAAGAGGACACAGACUCUAAAUUCAAGUGUAAGUUGUGCUGUCGGACAUUUGUGAGCAAACAUGCAGUAAAACUCCACCUAAGCAAAACGCACAGCAAGUCACCCGAACACCAUUCACAGUUUGUAACAGACGUGGAUGAAGAAUAGCUCUGCAGGACGAAUGCCUUAGUUUCCACUUUCCAGCCUGGAUUCCCUCACACUGAACCCUUCUUCGCUGCACCAUCCUGCUUCUGACAUUGAACUCAUUGAACUCCUCCUGACACCCUGGCUCCAAGAAGACUGCCAAAAUAAAAAAAAAAAUCACCCCAGCCAUUUCUCUUCAUCCUCACUAACAAUUUGGUAAUGAAGUAUUGAUUUCCACUUCUCUGCUUAUGGGCGAUAUUAGAUUUUCAUUGACAAACUGCAAUGGGGCUGUCUCGUCUCCACAGUACCCUUUUCACUGUCACAAGAAAACAAAGUGCCACUGAAGAAAAGUAAUGACUGAGAACAUUGAUGUACUUAUUUUGUCAGUUUGUAACAGGAAAGUGGGGGGGAGUAUAAGUCUUCACAGUUUAAUGUCCAAGUGGGCUGCACUAGAUGUAGACACUUGGAGGCUUACUUUUCAUGGUAAUGUCCAUUUCCUAUUUAUAACCCCUCUGGGAACGUUUGUCUAAAGGAAAUGUUUCUCUUCAGUGUAACAAUUACGGUUGCACCUGGAUUGCCCAGUCCUGCCCCUGCACUAGGGGGCCAUUAAUCACUGCAAAGUAGAAGAAUUAUUGAGUUAAACCAGAGUUUGAGCCAAGAAAACCCCUGAACAAUGUUCAUCUUCUGUGAAACUUGUUCAAAUAGUUAAGCUUAACCAUGUUGCUGCCAAAGACUUUUCCUAUGCAGUGGUGAGGCACCUUGAUCAUCAUCAUUAUCUUGAUUGGUUUAAAAAAAUAGUUUUAAGCACACACCACUGUUGUAUGAGAACUGCAAAUUGGGAGAACUGGUGAAAUGCAGAAUCUGAGAGAAUGCGAGAAGAUGAGAUCACUGCAGGGUACAAAGUUCUGCAGCAGUCUUUUCUGGUAAUCCCUUUCUGCAGGACCUGAUGUUUAUGGGCUCUAAAACGCAGCUUAGCUUAAGAAGAAACAGAAAGCAUGAAAUAGGGUGUCCAUUUUAAAUGUGUUCCUGCAACUUUUUUCAUUAAAACUUUGAGGGCCCAAUUUUAAUUUGUGGAAUAUUCCCGUUAAUAAUGAGAUCUAAUUAAGACAUCCAUUAAAAGCCCGUUAAAGUUAAUUUAACGUAAAAAUUCCAAUAGAACUGUAUUAGAUUUUCUCCAUUAAAUUAACGUUAUGGAUUUUUAACGGAUGUCUUAAUUAUACGUUAUUAUUAACGGGAAUACUGUAUUACACAGAUUAAAAUCAGGUCCUAAGUCAACUUGGAAAAGCUAAGAGCAUGUUUUAAUAUUAAAAGUCUUGCAUACCUAGUGCACAGUUUGGAGACGCAAGGAUAGAUCUGUUUACUCUAGUUGAACAUUUUCUAUACAAUUGAAAGCAACCUAUAAUAGAUAAAUCCAUCAUUGCAUUUAAACAAUGAAUUUCCUUAUUCUCAAUGGACAAAUAAGUCUGGAUUAUGUGGUAAAUUGCUACUCAGCUAUGGUGAAAUAUUUAUACUAUUCCAGGCACAACACUAGGAACUAGAUGAUUCUGAAACAAAAGGAAUAUUUUCUGUUGUUGCUUUAAUUACCAAGGUUAUUUUUUUUUUAAAUCUCAACACUGACAAAAUGAAACCAAAUAUCUCUUCCUCACCAUUUCUCAAGGAGGCUGCCUGUUGGAAUUGUUUUGGGAAUUUUGACAUGAUCCCUAAAUUCAACAUUGGGAUUUAAAAAAAAAAAAAAAAAAAAAAAAAAACCUUCUUAUUUACCUCCUAGGGAAAGUGUUGCCCUUAUGCCACAUAUAAUAGCAAAUUGCUUUUUUUAUGGCAUGCAUAACCUAGAUGGGAAAAAAUAUGGCGCUUCGGGGAAGGAGGGAAAAAGUAAAUGAAGUUCCAGGAAUGUCAUUCUGAAGUAAUGAGGCAUGGACAGAAAAUAUACCCCUCACAUCAUCGGAUUGAGAUGGCAGUCGAAAUAGCUUCAUUGAAGUGUCAGCACUCAUCCAUCAAUCAAUCACCCACAAGGAAAAAUAGCAACAGUACAACCGGGCGGCUUUUAUGGGAUUUACUCUUGGGCAUAGGGAAUAGCGGCUCAAAUGUAGUUCUGACAUGAAAAGCAAGGUGCUGAUAUUAUUUUUUAUGAUGGGAGGAUCAUAAAGUGAAUUGAGAACAGUGAGGUCUAUCUUUGCUUAACCUAUUCAACCAGAAAUGAAUGGAGCUCGACUGGAAAGGAACAGUCUUCGGAUGGGUUAAGAUUGAAGGGUGGACUGGACUCUACUGAGCACCGUCCUUCAACAAGGAAAUUCUAUUAAAGGAAAAUCAAUGCAUUAGCAUUGGGGUUCUUGAAGCUGUUAAAAAUUGUCUGCUCCAAUCCAGGGUUAUUAGGCCAAAGUUACAUAAUUCAGAUCUCACUGCAGCCAUCCAAAAGCAGAUUCUCAAGCCCUUGAUCCAAUGGGGGGAGGAGAUCAAUACAAUUCCCAAUUCCAUGGAAAUUGUUUCCCUUCUAAGAAAGAAAAAAUAAACCAUCUGCUUCAACAUAUAAUCGAUAUGGUUUUGUUAGCGCAAUUUCUAUGGUGGGAUGGGGUGGGAGGUGAGAUUCGAAAAUAUUGAUAAAUUUGGGAAGACUGGUAAAUCGCCGCCUGGCAACCAUGCAUGUCACUGCUGAGGGAUGGCUGCUAAGGUUCACCUUAGAAAACAAGAUCUGGGCUGGCGCUGGGGCAUACACUUGGCUCUCAGCAUAUUCCUAGAGGCCAGGCCUCUCUUCAUUUGGCCAGCUCUCUGAGGCUUCUAGAAACUUCUUUCUGGAGGAAAAAAAACUAAAUAACAUAAACUCAGGAGAAUGUCUUUAUCCACCUUCAUACCACUGCUUUCUUUUCCCUGAAUAAAAGACAGUUCUGAUAAGUGAGAACUUUAGAAUUGGAAAGGAUGAUGUGCAACUAUAAUGCAAAUUACCCUCAAGUAUCUCCAUUCUGCCACCACCUCUUGGUACCAGUAAGAGGGAGAGGUCGCCUUUUCUUCCCCAUCCGUCCUUCCAGCUAAGACCACCAGCCACCUGCAAAUUGAGAUGUCCAUUUAAAAAUGUAUAUGUCAAUAUUUAAAUGUUGUGUAUUUGGCCUUAUUUUGUAGUUCAGCAAAUCCUCCAAAUACACAGCAUGUUACAAAGCACUGGUGGCACAGGGAACAACAGGAAAUUAUAUUUAUUUAGCAAAUUCAUUUAACAAAUAUUGUUGGGCACCUGUUAUGUGUGACACUGUUCUAGGCACUGUGGGAUAACAACAGUAAACACUUCACACAACAGCCUGGCCUUCCUGUUGUUUUACAAGAGCUCCUAAAGACACUUGAGGGACACAGUUCAUGUAGAACUAAAGUAUUACUAUUUCAGAAUAAGGAUUUUUUUUUCCUAAAAAGCAUACAGAGAGGAAAUAGCUUAAAAAUAGGUCAAGACCUAAAAACAGAAUAUGUAAUCAUGGAAUAAAUUGGAUAACCCAGACAGUCCCCACAGAAUUUCUUUCAGCUCACAGAUUUCUGAAAACUCACCCCCAAAAUGUGCCUGUUUGGUUGUUUGAAUCUUGCAUAAUUAAUGUCACAGGCGCAAGCCGCUGAACUUAGUUGAGAUGCAGAAAACAAACAAAUGCAAUGACAUAUCUGAGAAGCAUUUAUGUAACUCUGUUUAAGUGGUGAGGAGGGGUGUGUGAAGACAGUGUGCAUGCAUAUGUGUGUGUAUUCAUAUAUAUGUGUAUACAUAUGAAUUUCACUGUUAUUUUCCAGGGUCUAUGGACAAUGUGGCUAAGAAUCUAUGAUGUUCUGAAACUUUUCACAGUAAAUCCAAAGAUUACAGACCUUACAAGGUGCUUGCAUUCUGUUGCUUUUCCAUCUGUCACUUCUCAGGUUAUUUGACUGUGUUCAAACCUUCUUUUCUUUUUCAUGGAGUUUCAUUUUUUAAGCUUGUUAAAUGCUUUUGUUUAAAAAAAAAAAAAAAAAAAAAAAAAAACCCCAAAUGUCAUUUUUCACAUUAUCAUCUCUUCUCUGCAACAAGGAUAGUAAGAUGGAGAUGAAUGCAAAAAUAAUAACAACAAUACGGAAAUAUAUUAAAGGCUUUAAAAUAUGCACAUAUGUAGUUCUAAAGAGCAAUAACGGUAGUAUCUAUUUCGAAGAUGCAUUAGGCAAAAAAGAAAUCAAAACUGAAAUUUUCGUGUAUUUUUCCCCUUGUAAGAUGUUAAAAUGCUAAUUUCAUUUUCUCCUUUCCUCUAUGUGGCACUUUCUCAAAAUAUCUAUGAAAUACUUUUAGACAAAGAUUGAGCUGGAGAAAGAGAUACAAAUUUCCAUCCCCCUAGACAGAGAGACAUGUUUCCAUUGUAGGAAGGCAUUAAACAUUUUGAAACUUGUGAAUCAUCUUUAGAAUUUCUACUGGGGAAUUUUACCUCUUCAUCCAAAGUAAAAGCCACUUAUCUCCUUUGGUUCCCAGUGACAGAUUCAGAGGCACACACAGAUACACAAUUUUCAGGCUCUAGUUAAUCGUCUUCCAAUAGUUACGAACAAUGGGCUAACAGGCGUGGGUGUUUCUCCAAAAAUUAUUCAUGCACAAGGCAGCCCAAAGCUUCAGGGAAAACUAGAAAUGUGUUAUGGAUUAGAAUAGGACUGUUUUAAAAUGCUAGUACCAGGUGGAACGCUAUUUCUGCAACAGGACUCUGUCCAUUUCCUUUGGAACAAUAUAUUCCAAGUAAAAUGGCUCUUCCAAGGAAUGACACCCUGACUUGACACCCUUCGGUAUACAAAUUAUUUUACCAACAGCCAUGAUUAUUAUUAAGGCCUUUUAAAAUGCAGGCUGUUUGAAAAAAGACAGAUUAAAUAUUCACAGCCCUUUGUAUCAUGUUUAAUGCUUAAAACAGCUUUUAGAAGUACAAGUAAUAACUUUUUGGUAAGAAACCCCAGGAGAAGUCAAAAAAUUUGAACAAAGGCAUUACGAAAAAAAAAAUCUAACCACUCCAUUCAACUCUUUCGGAAAAUAAAUUUCAAUGUGUUCAAUGAAUUGUCUUGAACCUGAAACCUGAAACAUUUGGAUAUCAGUCCCCUGCCAAUAGCUAAUAUUAACAGAAUGUGAACAAUCAUACAAUUAUGUCUCAAAGGUGAAGACUUUGUACAGUAAUAUUUUCACUUUCUAAAUGACCCCUAUAACAUUCAGGAAUUAUAGAUGUGUAUCUAUAUUUUUUAAGUGCAGAAAGUUCAACCAGUCUUCAGAGAAGUAACAGUGAUGUCCAUUGUGCAUUGAAAUAAAUAUUACAAACAUUCCAGUUUUGCAAUACAAUACUCGAGCUUUCGAACACAUCAGAUGCUAGAAUGUGUAAUGCAAGUCAAAAAAGCUGACAUACAAAACAAUUCCCAUUUGGCUCAGGGUUCCUAAAUGUCACAAUAUCUUGGGUUACAAUACACUUUUUGAUCUCCUGAUGAUGUCCUUCUAAUCCCUUCUGACUUUGAUUCCUAACAGCCAGGCACUGUUAGCAUGAAUCAUAAACUUCCAAACCCCUUUAAAAUCAAGAAGCUAGCUGAUCAUACAGCCUUUUUAAUGGCCGACCAGUUCUUGCUCUCCAGAGCUUUCACAUCUUUUUGGGAAACCUGACAUCAAACACAUUUAUGCUAUCUAUUUGCUCCCUUGCAUUGACUCUAGAUUUUUUUUUUUUUUAAUUUCUUUUAGAAAAGGCAGGGGGGAAGUGGGUCAGAGUGAGUUUCAAGAAUCACAUUCAUCCUUGCUCUAAAGGAAAGUAUCUACUUGCCAGCAAAGAAAGGCAAACACAUUUUUAUAUUCAGAAAGCAGACUGGUCAUUUUCAAAGAAAAAUGACUGCAACCAUACCUGUAGAAUGUUUCUGUGCAAAGCACUAAUUUUCUAUCACCUGCAUGCUGUAUAUAAUACAUUUGCCUGUAUACUAGGAAGAAAAACCAGGCUGUUUUCCCUGAGUACAAUGCCGCUUGGAUGGCUGGGAGCGUAAGCCUUCCGUGCAUUUUUAUAGUGUACAUAUUUGUAUAUACUAACUAUAUCGCCAUGUAUGAACACAGAUUUUGUUAUAUUUGCUUGUUUCUGUUUCCUACCAAACUGGCCCACAAUGGGGAUUCUUUUGUAUAGAAAAAAUAUGCUUGUAAUUUUUCCUGGUCAUUCUCUUUCAAUAGCUUAUGAAAGAAUUAGAUCUGAGUUUACAAAGAAACUAUAAGAACCAAGUUUGUCUGUCUGCAUGAGUCCCGUCCAAUUGCUGGAUCUAGGGAGGAACCAACGUCCUAAUUCAGAGUUUUCCUUUUAAAGGCAUGCUUUACCCCCGUGGGAAAACUGCACACUCAUCCAUGUAGAAUUAUUCUCUUUGUAUUUUAUCUAAUAGUGCCUGAAAAUUUUUUUAAUGUCUUCUUAGAGGAAGAAUUCAUAAUGGUCAAAAUUUGAAACAUUAGCUUAAUUUUGUUUUUAUGACCUCGAGAUUCUUCUCCUUAUUUAUUUGGUUGCUGUUGUAAUGGGGCCCCAGGCCAUUCCUGACAUCGGCGUGCUCUUCUUCUGCAUUAAGGAUGUUUUUGAAAUUACAGAGAUUAUUGAGCCAACAGGCUGUUUUAAUCAAAACCAUGUUUCACUUGUUUUUGAUGAUUAUAAAUUGUCCUUGCAAUGAAAAAAAAAAACUUUUCUGCUAGGAAGAUUAUACCACCCUGUGGCCAAACAGAUUCAUCACAGAUAGGCAUCUAUGCCCACUUCUCUGGGAUCUGGAAAAUUCUUCCCUUGGCUGACCCCAAUUUCUUUUACUCCCCAUCAUCCUGAAUAUUAGCUUUCAAUGCAGUCACUAUUUGAAAUUUCCAAAGGCUUUGCCACACUGUCACUGCCCAAAGACAAACAACCAGCUGGAAAUGAUGGCUUUCCUGCUUGAAACGAAGGGAGCCAGGUGCGGUGGCUCACGCCUGUAACCCCAGCACUUUGGGAGGCCGAGGCAGGCGGAUCACUUGAGGUCAGGAGUUUGAGACCAGCCUGGCCAACAUGGCAAAACCUCGUCUCUACUAAAAAUACAAAAAAAUUAGCCGGGCGUGGUGGCACGUGUGUGUAGUCCCAGCUACUUAGGAGGCUGAGGCAAGAGAAUUGCUUGAGCCUGGGAGGCGAAGGUUGCAGUGAGCUGAGAUGGUGUCACUGCACUCCAGCCUGGGCAACAGAGUGAGACUCUGUCUCAAAAAAAAAGAAAAAAAAGAAGGAAUUUUCAGAAAAAGUGCUCCCUUUUAUGUCCCGUGGUGCCACCAUCCUGUCCUCCUUCAUAAUCAUGAACAAUCUGAUCUUGAUCUCCCACAUAACUUAAAUCAGGCAAAAAGAAACAUUCACAGCAGCCCCUUGCUGAAUAAAAAUGACUUUGUUUGGAGGCACUUAAGAUGUAUGCCUGUGUGUGAUGCCGCAGCACUGAAAUUAUCUGUAGAAGGGGAAUUUUUUUAAAUACAAUUUUAUCACUAGAAAUAAAUUCCGAUGGUGGAGACGAAGAAAACCCUUAAAUUAUAUCACAAAAGCCAUUAUUUUUUGCAUCCAAAGAGUUUUUUUUUUUUUUUAAGGAAAAUCAUUCUACUUUGAGAACUGUAAUUAAAGCCCUAAAUAACAGACACUACUUUUUUGAGCUAUUGUGAAAAAAUAACAACACAUUCACCAAGGUUGUAUGGAGCCCCUGAUUUCCAUCAAAAAGGUUUCUAUAAGUAUAUUAUUAACAUUUUUACACAUGAUAACUCUUUCCUUUGUGUUGAUAAAAAAAAAAGUCUUUUUUUUUCCCCACUCAGCAGUUAUUGGAAAUAGACUGUUCCCAUCUGAAACCUUAUGGUAAUUUGCAUCAGGAAACCCAACUGCUGAUAUUAAGGACCUGGGUGUGUUCAAUUAUGAUUUUGCUGGAGGCUGUCCCUCAUUUUAAUGCUGCAGAUAUUGAACCACCUUCCUGAAACCUAGCUGAUACGGAAUAGCAGAGACAUGCCUCUCAACACCAUUAGCUUUGCAAAUGGCUUCAUUUCAGUCAACGUCGACUUCUGCUUUGGCCAAUUGAAAAAUGAAAAUUAAAGGAGAGAAGAAAAAAAAAAAAACAGAUGCACUUAAAACAUGAAAAUAAUUAUUUAUAUGAUAAAAAUAUAUUUAGAUUUUCAAAGCACAAGACUGAAUAGAAGUGCUCUUUUUAUGCUUUCUGGAGAUGUUACUGUUAAAUGUCUUUCUACAUCAGGCUUAAUAAAUCUGUAAUGACAUUUGAUGGA